UAAAGAGAGUUUGCACACUGGCAGUCUCGAAGAUUGUAAGGAGGUCUGCCAGAGAAACAUCACACCAAGCCUGCAGUGCGCUGAAGCAACUCUGAACAACAGCAGCUCAUUUGAAUCCCACUCAGCAAUAACGGAGCAUAUCCUGUUUAAGGACUUCGCUUGUGAGUCAUCAGAGCAACAAGCAAGCAGCGCAUUUGAAGAUGAUGCGAUUGCUGUUCCUCUGUGUACUGCUACUGCUGCCAGCUGCCACCGUGCUUUCAGAAGACUUAGAGGGAUCAGCUGAUGAUUCAGAUGAUGAAGAUUUUGUUGAGCGAAAGAAUAUUCCUAAUGUUGAAGGCUCCCAAGCUGAAACUGAAGGUUCAAAAGAAAAUCCAAGUCAAAUGACUGUGAUCGUCAUAGCUGCUGUGGUUGCAGUGGUGGCUCUGUCAGUCAUAGCAGUAGCUGCUGUAAUGUUGAUGAAGCGACAAAAGCUGAAACAGCAGCAAGGGGUUUACUCUGUACCCACUGAGCAGAAUGAGAAAGGCACCAUCUAGUUCCUGGCAGCGCAGCAGCUCUGCACCUUAAAGCCAAGCGAGGAGAACAGGCCGUUAUCUCCCACUCUCUGACUCAGGACACCUGAACUCAUUUGCACCUCAGCCUGCUUAUCACUGUCCACUCUCUCACACAUUCCUAUAAACAUAUCUAACCUAUGCAGUACAACUUUUUUUUUUCUCUUUUUGCUGUUGUGCACCAUUUUCUCUGGAUCCCAGCUGUUUGUUCUCCAUUUAGUUAGGGAUUUUUUGGAAAGCAUUCAAACCUUUUUUUAAUUGCAUUCUGUUUGAAGAAUCCAAUUUAAAAGAGGAACAUGUGGCUUGCAGCUUCUUUUUGUUAAAAUUAAUGAUUUAGCUCAGCCAAACCUCCCCUUUUUAUUCAAAAGCAUAAAAUGAUUGACCACUUAAGCAGAGAAAACUGUAAUUGUGUUUUGAUUCGGUGCGUGUGGAACAAGCCUGUCUGUGAAAUGGUCGUUGACUGAGACAAACCAUGCUAAUCCGUGCUAAGCCAGCUGAAUGCUCACUUACUUUCUCAUUCACUUGUCUGACAUCCUCUGUUCCUGGCCCAACGGGAGGCACUGUGAAGGCAAAACCAGCUCUUCAUCUUUUUUUCCAACGGUGCAAAAUAAAAAUAAGUGGAUACACCAGCUGAGCACACAUUUCAGCUGUAAAACAAUCGGCUGCCAUAAAUGAUGUUUAGUUCCCUCCCUUUUUUGUUUUUGCAAAGCUUCUGUUAAGUCUUGCAGAUUGUAAAUGGCUUUCAGAAACCUGCAGAGUGCAAUUCCUGCACUGGGAGCAGAAAGGUUGCUGGGAGGGAGGUUAGGAAAUUUAAGGUGGGAUGAUUUGGGAAUUAGAAUUUAUUUCUUUUAAUUUUUUUUAUUGAUGAAGGGGUGCUGGAUUCACUCGCAUGACAUCAAUUACACUGUAUGCAGGAAAGCUUUGUAUGUCAGAAAAUGUUUCAGAUGAAGUGGGAUAACCCCAAAACAGUUUGAAACAAGUACUUCAAAAAGUGUUGAAGCAAGAAUCUAUUUAUUUCUAAUACAUUGUGUUAAGAACACUGGGUAUUAAGAAAAGCUGUAAAAAUGUAUCUGGUGUCCAGCAUCAGCUUAAGAAAAGAUGCUUAUGUAUUGGUAUAAAACAAAUUAUCUGAUUGAUUUUAACUUCCUGUAUCUGAACACGCCUAAGUCAUUUAUUUUUGACUGGCCUUUAAUGUGUCAGCAUUUAAUUUAGGCAUGUCAUAAACUGCUAUACAGAACAUUUAAUUUUUUUGCUAAGCAUAACUUUAUUUCCUGAUUGUUUUAUAUGAUACAAGGCUAUUUCCUUCACAUUUUAUUUCCCUAAAAUGUAUCAAAAUGUUUCUAUACAAUUGCUACCAAAUGCUUAUCUAUUAACUCUUUGGAGAGCCUCUUUGUUGUGACACUACUCAUGUACAAAAAAAAAAAAAUGCAAUAUAUGUAGCAUUUAAGCUUUUUAUUAUUAUUUUACAAGUGAAAAUCUGUCAUUUAAAAAUGUCUUGUACAUUAAAUUUAACCUUUUAUCACUGCCACAGUUUAUCUGGAAGAACAAGGUUUCAAAAUGCAAUUGGUAGUAAUUGAUUUUGAAAUAAUGUUAUUUUAUACAAUUAGGAUAUGCUCAAGUGAUAAAAGCCUGCAGAUCAUAAGGAGUUAAAUUUAAAUUAUGUAUAUUUACUGGGUGAUAAGUGUCCAUUUUUUUUUCUAAGAAAAAAAUGGUUUAAAGGGCUGUUUUGUAAGGAAUUCCCAUGAUUGGAGAGUAAGUCCCAUCUUAAAUAUGUAUUAGUGUUUAUAUCAUAGCAAUAAGUUUAAAUUUGAACUUCAUGUCAAAUAAUUGUAUUUGUAUCUGCACUUUUUUAUAUGUAUUUCUAUGCCAAAGACAUUUACUGAGGUAUGCAUUUAAUUUCCAGAGCUUGUAAUUCAUGUAUCGCCUGCCAAGAAUACCAUAAUCAUUUUGCACAGCUACAGACACCUUGUAUUUGUUCUUUCAGCAAAUUUAGAAUGGGGAAAUUUCUGUACAUAUAAAAAGAUAACUGAACUCUGGAUGUUUGCCUAUUUUGACAUUAAAUGUUCUAAAACACCU